AUUUCGCCGAGCAUACACCAUGCACUCCCUGCGGUGCGCCCUUCGCUACCCCAUCCCCAGUACCGCCGCCUCUUUAUCCACCUCCGGCCUCCGCCGUCUCUCCUCCCACCAUCGCACUCCACCGCCGCUCCGCUCAGCGACCACCGGUGAAGACGAGUGGAACGACGCGUGGGAGACCGCAUGGCUUCCAGGCGACUCCCCCGCCUCCUCCCCAGCGCCCGCCGCGCCAUGGGAGUCUCCCGCCUCGGCUUCGGAGUCCGCCAUCCCGGUCAUCUCCGCCGAGGUGGAUCCAGACACUAAGGCCUUCGUGGCAGACAUGGACGAGCGCUGGGCCGAGCGCCGCAUCGCGUCGAGGCGGGGCCAGCAGCAGCGCGCGUCUCGCGCGGCGGAAGGCGGGGAGGGGGGCGUCGUGGCGAGGAAGAAGGCGCAAGCGGAUGAUUACAGGACCAGGAAGCAGCGGGUGCACGCCGCGCUUUGGGUGAAGGAGAUCGAGAAGAUGGAGGAGGCGCGACUCGGCGGUGGGGGAGGUGGCGCUGACGAUAUCGACCGGCUGCUCGACUCGUGCUCAGAUAUCUUUGAUUCUGGCAACACUGAUUUUGGUGAUUCCAAGAUCCCAAACACUACUGAGAUCAAAACCAAGCCUGAUGGUUGGGAAACUACUUCAAGAGGACAGGAUGGGAACAUAUGGGAUAUCUCACAGCGAGAAGAUGACAUUCUAAUACAGGAAUUUGAAAGGCGAAUUGCUUUUAGUAAACAGCAGAUUGCUAGCUUCAUCAAAACCCACAUUUUUAGUCGGAGGCGUCCUAUCGAUGGAUGGAAGUACAUGAUUGAAGAAAUUGGCCCCAACGCAAGAAAAGGAAAGGGGAGUGUGCAAAGAUUACCAAGUGUCAGUGAUCCUGCAACCCAGCCUUACAGGGAAGAAACUCCUGCAAUUGCUUCUAGUUCCUCCUUCAGAGGCAAUCGGCCAUGAUGGUGUUCGAUAAACCAAAUCUUUUGCUGGUUUCACUGGCAUAGUUUAUACAGGCAUUUUCCCCUUCCUUUUGGCUUCAAAUGUAUGGUGGAUGACUCCUUGCGAAGAACAUGACGAACUUUCCUUCUGCGUUGUAUAAUUUUGUAAUGAAUGUGACGCUUUCUGAUGAACCAGCAAUGGAAGCGUUUAAGUUUUCUA